AUGUUCCUGGUCUCUUGAGAAAGAAAGAGAGAGAGAGGGAGAGAGAGGGAGAGAGAGACAAACAGAGAGAGAGAGACUGAGAGAGAAGAGGAGGGGACAAGCUGACAGCAAUACAGGAAGAGCAGGGCUGCCAGGCGAUGUGCUGUUAACUGAAGUACUAAUGCUCCAGACCAUUUACGAGGCCGACUCUUGUUUCUCAGCAGACGGCAUCAGCAAACACUGGCUGCCUCUGACCCUUCACGACAUGCACAACGUCAACAACUCAGUGGACAUUAAGCCAGAGGUUCCUUUGGCUCUUGAUCCGGGCUCCCCAUUGGACCUGCGUACGGACAUUAGGAUGCAGGGUUCUACUGCAGACCCUAGUAUGUGGGAAAGACAGCUUCAACAAGAGCUGCUCCUCAUUCAGAAACAACAGCAAAUUCAGAAACAGCUGCUCAUCAGUGAGUUCCAGAAACAGCACGAGAACCUUGUCCGCCAGCACCAGGCCCAGAUACAGGAGCACCUAAAGCUCCAGCAGGAACUGCAGGCAAUGAUGCAACAACAGGAGCAACUGGAGAAAGAGAGGAAACUAGAGCUACAGAGUCAGGAAAGAGAACUGGAGAGACAUCGACGUGAACAACAAGUGCUGGUCCUACGCAACAGAGAGCGGAGCAGAGAGAGUGCGGUGGCCAGCACUGAGGUCAAGCAGAAACUCCAAGAGUUUCUGUUGAGUAAAUCCACCAAAGAUGGCACAUCAAAUGGGUCCCUGCAGAAAGUAACACAGAGCUCCAAACUGUGGUACAUGGCUUCCCAUCACACCUCUCUAGAGCAAAGUUCACCUCCUUUGGGAGGAGCGUCCUCCUCCUGCAAGCUCUCCAUACUCUCCCCACAGGAAUGCCAGGACGAUUUUCCUCUGAGAAAGACAGUCUCAGAGCCUAAUCUGAAAGUGCGGUCCAGGUUAAAGCAGAAAGUUGCAGAGAGGAGGAGCAGCCCACUCCUCAGGAGGAAGGAGUGGAGCAUCAUGACACCCUUCAAAAAGAGAGCCCUGGAGCUUUUGGAAUCUACAGCCAGUAGCAGUGCACCAGGGUCAGGGCCCAGCUCGCCCAAUGGGGCCUGCAGUGCCUUGGGGGCUGAAAAUGGACCCUCCUCUCUUCCAGUCACCACACGUACUGAGCGUUGGCCAUCACAGCCAAGGUUAUUAGGGCCUGAAAGCUCUGUGUCUAUGUUAAAUCUCUAUACAUCACCAUCUCUGCCCAACAUCUCCCUGGGCAUGUCGGCUGCUGCUUUAGGACUUCAGGAGAAGCACGUUGAGGUUGGUGGAAUGUCAGCAGUCAUACAAGGUUUGCCCACCCAACUUCUGGGUCCAGUGCCCAUGUCUGUUGCUAUGGAGACCAAAGUGAGCAGCAGCCACCAGGCUCUCCUGCAGCAUCUCCUCCAGAAGGAGCAACUUCGCCACCAAAAGAUCUUCUCUACAGGUCAAAGUCCUGUGCAUCCUCCCUCUCCAUUGGCCAUGAGGGAUAGCUCUCCAAGCAGCACCCGUCCCGAACUGCCACCUCAUCGGCCCCUGAACCGCACCCAGUCUGCUCCACUGCCCCAGAGCAUGCUGGCACAACUUGUGAUUCAGCAGCAACAUCAAAACUUCCUGGAGAAGCAGAAACAGUAUCAGCAACAAGUCCACAUCAACAAGAUGCUUUCGAAAUCAAUCGAGCAGCUUCGUCAGCCGAACGUCCACCUGCAGGAGUCAGAAGAGGAAGAGGGGGAGGACUUGCAUGAGCAGGCCAUGCAGGAGGACAGCUUGCUCUCUGGUGGUGUGAUCCGGAAGCACAGCUCUGACAGCUACACCAGCAGCAGUUCCAGCUCACCCACCGAGCCACUGGACACUCACCCUGGGGUCAUCCGGGUGAAAGAGGAGCCCAUUGCCAGUGAUGAUGAAAUACUGGCCACUCAGAGCCUGGCAGACAAGCAGAGCUCUUACAUUCACCAGGUUAAAGGGAGGGUGGUGAUACGGGCCAUGAUCUAAAAAGAGAAACGUCAAGAGAUACAUUCACACAUGCACACAGGCGCACAUACACACAACAUGUUUACUAUGGUACAACGCAUGACAGAGCCAUUGCUUUGGGAGCUUCAGAACUGGUCUCAUUUGUGAACUUGUGAAGUGAUCUCUGUUUUGUAUGUUGUAUGUUUUGUAUAUAAUUGAAGAAGAUGAGAAUUCAGCCGACUUAGUCUUUUAAAUGCUUUUGAUUGUUAAAGUUUGUUGAAAUAAUUUAAGAAAUUAUCUUUCUACUUUCUAUCCACCCUUUGAGGAACUGCACCUCUAAAACUCUUGUAAGAUAUUCUGUGAUUUUCCAUGGCACUAUAAAUUUAUAGAUUUUAUUUAGGUUUAUAUGAAUGUUAUUAGAAAGCUAUGUUUAUGUAAGGAAACAGUGUCAUCAGUGUCAACAAAGUUCUUAACCAUCUAAAUCUGCUCAACAAUAGAAUUAAAAGAAUAGUUCGCCCCCAAAAUGAAAAUUCUGUCAUCAUGUACUCACUUUCCCUUUUUGGAAUACAGAAGAAGAGUUAGGCAGAAUGAAAAUUGUAUGGAAAAAAUAUGCAAUGAAUGUGAAUGGUGACUGAUCUCCUUUUGUGUUCCACUAUAGAAAGAAAGUUCUACAGGUUUGGAACAACAUGAAGGUGAGUAAAUGGUGACAGAAAUUUCAUUUGAUCUCACCAGUAACAGUUGGGACGAAUUCUAGAAAGUUCUAGAAUCACAUUCUGUGUUCCUUGUUCUCCUGUGGCCCAAGUUAAAGGCUGCCGGGGAUCAUGAAUAGCACGCUGCUCCUUGCUGAAUUUUGAGAGGGAGAGAGUUGUAGAGGAAAUGCCUGGUGGAAGCCAGGAAUCAGAAUGAUUCAUGAGUGCAGGAAUGCUGGGAGAGGACAAAUCCACGCUGAAGUCAGAGGGCCUAGCUCUGAUUUACUGUUGAGGCAAAUUACAAAGUGAGUGGGGAGACGGUGGGGGGAGCCCCCUUUUAAAACCAAUAAUUUCCUCUGUAUUCCCACAUGAUGUGUUUACCACGACAUGCAGGCUUGAUGUUACUUCAGUAGAGACUAAGGUAAUUGUUUUGUUCCCCCAUUCAGUCCUCUCCUGAGGCUAUGUUAUGUCUUUUUUCAUAAAGUGCUCACGUGAUUAUUCAAGAAUUGUUCAAUUGUCAAUUUUUUUGUUAGCAAGCCAUAUUUCCUGUAUAAAUAUGAUAUAUAUAUAUAUAUAUAUAUAUAUAAUUUUGCACUUCUGGUGUACAAUAGUUAGUUUUCAUGUAUGAGAUCCUCUGAAAAACAUCAAGAAAAAAAAAAGAAAAAAAAGGAAACAACUUAUAGAGGAAAACAUGUUUAAUCGGUGUGAGCCAUCACUAUGUCUACAAAUAGCCUGCGAGUCAACCUGAGCUGGCCUGUUUCGUCCCAGUUGUUUGUUCCACUGUUCUGGAUGUUAAUGAGUCUACUGGCGAUAGGAUGUCACGUUUGUUUGUAGCCGUAUGCGUUCCCUUCUUGCCUUUUGUCACAGAUCAACUUUUUAAAAUAAAGUUCCUUUUUCAUCCUGCA